AUGGAUGUGUUGGACGUGUUAAACAACAUUUUACCUAUAAUAUUUUUUAUCUUUGUUGGUGUAUUCUUUUUUAUCAUUGGAUUAUGCAUUAAUAAGAGAACUAAGGUAGUUAUAAGAGGAACUCCUUCUGUUGUUCCUUCAUCUUCUGUCCUUGUUAAUGUCUAUGGAGGCGGCCAGCCUGCGGCCGCCGAGGAAGCUGCUCGAGCUGGCGGUGGAGCCGCCAACGGUGGUGGUGGUGGUUCUGGAGGUGGAAGUAAAGUUGUGAGUGAUGGUUCAAAAGUUGGUGCAAAAAUUGUUACUAUUUCUAUUGAUGGUAUAACUGGUAAGGUAAAUACUACUACUACCACUACUGCUGCUACUCUUUACUCAUCAAAUAAUGGCUCUGCCGAUAAAUGUGGCAUAUGUAAAAAGGCUAUUUUGUUGGAGCCGGCUUCAGUUAACGGUGGUGUCCGUGCCAAUGGUGAUGGUGGUGGCAACGAUGACGGGGUUGGCAGUGGUGCAACUGGUGGCGUUGGCGGCGGUGGUAGUCAUGCUAAAUAA